GACAAGAUGGGCUCGUGGAAGGACAAAGCGUCAGCAUGGAAAAUAUUUUGAAGACGAUUUUAUAACAAUACAAAUAUUUUAGUUCAUGUAGGUGCCAGUGAAUAUUAACAAAGGUACACAAUGGAAAAACAGUACUCUGUUCAGUUCUUCUCGUCUUUUGUCGAGGCCAUGCAGAAGUUGUGUCGAGAGUACUUGGACUUUGAUCAGGGCGUAGAGUUGAGUGGCUAUUUGGCUGUGGAGAUUGACAAUUUCAAGAAAGAGCGCUACGUUUUGAGCGAGCUGAUUCAGAGUACAGGACAUGUGAUCAGUGAGAGUUACUGUACAAAAGCGUUUAAAACGCAUAGAAAGGAUGUUUCGUAUGGCACUGAGAAUCAGGCACCGCAGGCAAACCGGUUUAGCAGUAGGGUGUCCAGUCAAGGACCAGACUAUUCGCUUGGUAAUAACCAAGACCGUGUCUCUAGUCGCACCUUCAGCAGUAUCCGACCCCGACCCAGACAGAACUUUUCCCAUCACAGGAAACCUGUGAGGACAUCGAUAAUAGGUGGUAGCAGAAUAAAUGAGACAAUUUCCCUGAUUGAUGAUUCUAAUUCAGGCAAUCAGUUCGGUGAGUCGGCGGGUUCUCAAGAACAAGACGUCGAUCAGAGUCAUGUGUCCCAUGAUUCAUCUUUCCCUAGUCAACAGGCUUCCAUGAGCGAUACACCCCAAGCAGCAUCUCAUAGUCUCACCGCCUCACCACUUCCUUCCACACCUCUCAAGAGAAGUUCUUCAGCUGUGGAAGAUGAUUUUCCUUCAAAUAAAAAAGAUAAGCUGGACUCCAGUCUAGAUGCUUUAUAUGAUGCUGCAAAGGACAUUGCCUCCAGUGCACAGAGUGAUAUAGACUCCAUGAGCAGUAACUAUCCCAUGUCUAAAUUCACAAGGACAGCUGUGUCGGGUUCAGAAACAAUAUCUACUGCUGCGCCGGGCGGUCAGACGUCGACAGCACAGUCAGGAGUCGGUGAUAGUGUUCGAAUGCCUUUGGUAGUGAAAGAGGAGAAACCUGACGAUGUUCCGUAUAUGGUGUUAGAUGACCCCAAUGUGCUGGACCCAGAAGUACAUGUGAAAACAUUAGACAAAACAAUGUUUAACUCAGAACAUGAUAAUUCACAAACAUUCAGUCUAGAUGGUGCAACAAGUUUCUCCAGUGAUAUGCCAAGUGCUUCGACAUCUUUUGCUGGGUUGCAGGAUUCAAUGCAUUCUGGGAAUGCAGCAGAUGGUGGUGCAUCAUGGGAUAACCAGGCAUACUCUCCGAGCUACCCAGCGAGUAUUAGCAAACCACGGAGACUGCAUUACUGCCCGACUUGUAAUAAGGAGUUUACCCACUCAGGAACCAUGCGGCGUCAUGUCAGGAGUAUCCAUCAGAGGGAGCAGCGCUACUCCUGCCACCACUGUGGCCGGAUGUACAGCAGGAAGGAUAACAUGCUGCAGCAUGAACUCAACUGUAGGAAAUGUGUUAAAGCCGAAAUGUCGCCUCUGUUAAGUUCUAAGAUUACUACCCAUCUGACACCACAAGACAACCAAAGAGACCAAGUGAAAACUGAUUUUAUUUCUGACUACAGCAAUAUAUAAAAGAAGCAAAGAAAACAGUAUGCAUAUUAAGGUGUUCUGACCAGGUCAGCCUUUCCUCUCUGGUGCCAACAAUUAAACAUAAACACUCUCUUAAAUCAGCACUGAGACAGACACUUAGGUUUGUUAAUUACACACAGCCGGACCAGUAUCUCCCCUCCCAAGUAGAUACUAUUGUAUAUGGCUUAAUUUACCCCGUUGAACUUGAACUGUGAAUUUAAAGUUAAUACCCAUAUAUUCUAACAAUGAUUUAUUUUUAAGUAAAUUGGUACUCGCCCUAUACUUAUUUUAUAGAAUUACACUUACUUAUCCAUUGUCUAAUACAUAUCCAAUUGAAAAUAUUGUGUUAUCACUGUUCAUUAUUUUCCUUUCACAUGCUAGACUGUCAAACAUUCCACAUGCUGGAUAGUCAACACUUUUAAUAGGCUAGACUGUCAAACAUUUCACAUUCUGGAUAGUCAACACUUUUCACUUGCUGGAUAGUCAAAACGUUUUACAUCUAGUAUAUUCUUGACAGACUGUCUGCAUUUCCAUUGUCAGUUCCUUUCUUGUAUUCUAUGAUAAACUCGUAUGCUUGCAGGAUCAGUGACCAUCUUAACAAUUGCUAAUUCUUCACCUUCAAGUUGUUUAACCACACAAGAGGAUUGUGGUCAGUUUGCAUGGUAAAUGGUGUUCCCGCCAAGUAGUAUGAUAGGGUUUCUACUCCCCAUACAAUUGCCAAACACUCCUUCUCAACUGUGACGUGAUUUCGCUCUCGUGUCAACAACUUCCUGGACACACAAUACAACUCCAAGAGCAUGGUCACUUGCAUCAGUCUGCAAUACAAAUUUCUUGCUGAAGUCUGGAUUGAUCAACAAAAGUGCGUUGGUCAACACGUCUUUCAUUGCUCUGAAAUCUUCUACAUUUUGUCAGUCCAAUGAACUUUGUUUGGGCAAUUCUUUCUCAACAAAUCAGUCAAACUAGCUGAUAUUUCGGCGAAGUUUUUGAUGAAUUUCCAGUAGUAGGAUGUCAUUCCCCAAAACCCGAUAUCCUUCUUUGUGACGGGCAAUGGAUAUUCUUUCAUGACACUGAGCUUGUCAGGAUUUGUCUUUACCUGGCCUUGUCCAACAAUAUGUCCAAGUACCUUAGUUUGGGAUGCUCCCAGCUCACAUUUUGAUGGUCUUAACUGUUAGCUUAGCUUUCCGAAGGUUAUGGAAAACCUUCCGAAGGCUUUCCAGAUGAUCAUUCCACUCCAUACUGUGGGUUAUGACAUCGUCGAAAUACGUUUCGACAUCUCUCACCCAUCCCAAUGCCAAUUUCAUCAAUCAAGCAAAACAUGCUGGUGCUGUUUUCAUUCCAAAAGGCAUAACAGUAAACUCGUAGAGCCCAAAUGGUGUAGUAAAUGCACUCUUGUCCGGUGCUGAUUUGGAGAGAGGAAUUUGAUAGUAACCCUUAGUCAAAUCAAGUCAGCUGAUGAAUUUGAAUUUCCCACAGCCUCGAUUGUUUUAUCAAUCCUUGGUAUGGGGUAGCUGUCAAAUACUGUAAUGUUAUUUAACUUCUUGUAAUUUAUACAAAUUCUUAGUGUCAGGCUUUCGCACGAGAACGACUGGAAAAGAAUAUGGACUUCUUGAUACUUUGAUCAGCCCUUGCUUUAGUAGAUCGUCAAUGGCAUUCUUGACUUCACCCAACUUAGAAUGGGGAAUUCUGUGAGGCGCUUGACAGAUAGUGGUAUCAGAUGUCAACUUGAUAUCAUGUUCUAUCUAGUCUGCACAGCCUGGCUUUGAUGUCAAUACAUCUGAGAAUUCUUCACAGAUUGCUCGCAGUUGUUCAUUUUGUUCUUGUGACAGCACCGGAUUGAUUCUGACAUCUCAGUAAGACUCAGUGUCAUCAGGAAAGAUAAAUCCACUCGAUUCCUCUUCAUCAGUAUCAUUAUGUGCACCAACAUACAUGAUAGUUCUGGGAUGAUAUUUUCUCAACCAAUUGAUGUGAUAUACAACACAUUCGACGACCGCCAAUUUGAACUGAAUAGUUGACAUCAAACACUUGCUUCUGAAUGGGCCCUGCCAUUGUGCGAGCAUCUUCUUUGAACUGGACGGCAACAAAACCAGCACCUGGUCACCAGGCCAAAACAGCCGUUCCUUGACCUGUCUUUUCCUGUCAUACCAUGUCUUGGUUUACUCAUGUCGUCUUGUCAGUAUUUUUCUCAACCACACUGGUAACUAGUGCCAGGCAUUGUCUAACUUUAGUAAUGUAAUCCAACAAUGUCUGACCAUUUUCAGACUGUCCCGUCAUGGCUUCAUAUUCAAGAUCCAGAGGUCCACGAACAGGGCAUCCAUAUAAAAGCUCAAAUGGUGUAAACCCUGUCUCCUCAUGUGGUACCUCUCUGUACGCAACAGAACAUCCCAGUCAUCACUCACCCAUGGAUAACUGUCACCAUGUCGUUUUCUACAGUGGCGUGCCAGAUGACCCUGUUUGUGACAUAUAAAACACUCGAUAUCUGGUUUUAUCUGUCUUGAAUGAUUCCUUCCAUCAUGCUGAUCUCUGUUUUCUCUGAUUGUAGUGUCUGAUUCUACAUAAUCUUCCGCCGGUUCCACUACACUGCCUAAAACAUUCUAACAAUCUACUGUACUUAUGCUGGAGGUAAAGCUUUUAAAAAGAAAGCUUCACACAGCUGGUCAGUUGGAUCGUUAUUGUCGAGAAACCUCGCCACAUACAUCCGUAUACGAGAGUUCAAUCCCCUGUAUGUCUAUUUCCCCUUCCGCUUGAUCUGAUCAAGCAAACCAAAGUAGUCCACCGGUCGCCGUCGAAACCUAGUAAUCAACACCCUUUUCUGACCCUUAAAGUCCAGACCUGAUUCGCGUGCUACUUCUCGUGCAACACCGGGUAAUAAGGUUUUUAGCUGCAGUACUUUAACCUUAUCAUCCCACCCGGCCUGUUGGGCCACAGCCUCAAACUCAGAUUUAUACGUUAAAAUAUGUUCCUUUUCCACAUCAAACGGUUGCGUUUUCACUUUCAUGGACAAACUCGAAAAUUUUAACUCAUGUGUAUCUUUUGAUUUCUGUAAUUCCAGUUCCACAGUUUUAAUUUGCUUAGCAUUGUCUAAUUCAAGUUCAAUUAUCCAAAAAUUUCUUCCUUCUCUCUUUCUCUUCCCAUUCUUAACUUCUCCAUUUCCAGUUGAAAUUUCAUUCGAGCCAUUUCUACUUCUUUGUCAUGUACUUUCUGUAAUUGUUUCUUUCCAAAAGUUCAACUAAUUCUUGAUCCGAAUGCAUUUCUUCAGCACCAACAUCUGACAUCUUGCACAGCGUAGUUCGUAGAAUUUAACGGGUGAGGUUUCACUAUACAAUCCUCGCACGAGCUCCCAGUUGUUAAGUUCUAAGAUAACUACCCGUCUGACACCACAAGACAACCAAAGGGACCAAGUGAAAACUGAUUUUAUUUCUAACUACAGCAAUAUAUAAAAGAAGCAAACAAAACAGUAUGCAAAUUAAGGUGUUCUGACCAGGUCAGCCUUUCCUCUCUGGUGCCAACAAUUAAACAUAAACACUCUCUUAUCUCAGCACUGAGACAGACACUUAGGUUUGUUAAUUACACACAGCGGACCAGUAUCUCCCCUCCCAAGUAGAAACUAUUUUAUAUGGCUUAAUUUACCCCCUUGAACUACGAAUUUAAAGUUAACCCCCAUAUAUUCUAACAAUGAUUGAUUGUUAGAAUAUAUGGGGGUUAACUUUAAAAUAAAAUGAACAAUGACAGCAAACGCAAUUACAAACACAACUACAGAUUUUAAGGAACUAUCCUGAGUUUGCAGCCAUUGUAAAAUAUUUCCGAUUUUGGCGACUAAAGUUACAUUCAUUUAUUAAAUACAUUGUCUUGUUCAGAAUACCAGUGUCUGUAUAUCCAAUUUGUUUAUGAUCGCGUGCUGCUGUUAAUAGCAGUCAUUGUUCAUUUUAUUUCGUAAUGUGCGGGUGGGUUUUUUUUGUUGGUUUUUUUUCGUACGUACGAAAUUAUUGAAAGGUUAAAUCAGGUUUGAGUUACUGCAAACAUUAGGACGACAAUAAAAAUAGUGUUUAUACAGACAGUGAUAAUCUCAACAAGAACAUCAUAUUUUAAUGUAAGUUUAGUCAUCAAAAAGACGAAAACAUACAAUGGCAGAAUAUGCAGGACAGUUCUUGUAAUUAAUUGCAGAAACCGGCGUCGUGGUUAGGCCAUCGGUCAACAGGCUGGUAGGUACUGGGUUCGGAUCCCAGUCGAGGCAUGGGAUUUUUAAUCCAGAUACCGACUCCAAACCCUGAG